CCGAGUCGGACCAGAGAAUCAGAAACAAAGAGAGGAGCGAGGAGAGAUGACUAUGAGGCAACUUUUCCUGCUGUGUUUGUUGGGGAUUUUGGGAUGUUUGAGCGCAACAGAUGCCAGUUUUUUUGGACGUUGGAGAGACGACACUGCAUUGCGAAAGGUGCGAGGCAUCCAAAGCGAUGAUCUGAGUAACGUGCUGUGGAAAGACCAGAAUGAGGAGCAAGUCCAGAAUAUUUUCAAAAGAUUCCUGUUCCAUUACUCCAAAGCGCGGAACUCUGUUGGAGCCGUUCAACAGGAGUCCCAUUCAGUUCACCCUUUGAUGCGACUUCCACCUAAACUAUCCCAGAGGAGAAAGAAGAAGGUGUUACUUCUGAAAAUCCGAGACCUGCCAGAGGGGACGUUAUAGAAGGAGCAUCUGUGAAACUGAGGAAGUCACACACGUUGGGGAGGAGGAGCAGCUUGCAGCUCCGGCUUGGAUGAAGCGUCUACCAUUUGAGCGACAGGCUGCAUUUCGGGCUCCAGAAGGAAACCUUUUUUUUUUUCUUAAACAGGAAAUAA